AUGGAAACCUACCUGCAGUAUCGCCGGAUAGGACGCACCCUCGAGAAACAACUCGAGGCCCACGAUGUCGAGUCUGCACGCCAACUACCAUGUUUGUCUCGCCAGAAGACCAAAGUUGUCAACGGAAGGUCAGUACUAAUCGUCGAAUGGGACGGGCCAGACGACCCUCUAAAUCCUCGAAACUGGUCUCUAUUUCGACGCGUCUACGCAACGUUGAUCAUCUCUGCAAUCGCCUUCAUGGUCGGAGCUGCCGCACCGAUCGACGCAGCCGUUCUGCCUCAGGCCGCGAAAGACCUUGGUGUCAGCGAAGUGACGGAAACGCUAGCAGUCGGAGUCUUUCUAAUUGGUUUCGGCGCCGGAGCACUCAUCUGUGGUCCCUUCUCUGAAGUCUUAGGCAGGAGCGGCACAUACAUCGUCUCCCUCGCGUCAAUGUGCAUCUGGCUGAUGGCCUCCGCACUGGCUCCUAACAUCGGCGCUCAAGUCGUGUUCCGGUUCCUCGCGGGCUUCAGCGGUGCUUCUCCCCUGGUCUGCGCAGGAGGAUCAGUGUCGGAUAUGUUCACACCCCUCGAGAAGACGUACAUGUUUCCGAUAUUUGCCAUUGGAGGAUUUCUCGGUCCCCCGCUUGGUCCUGUGAUGGGUGCCUGGAUACCCGAGUCUCCUUAUCUGCAUACCUGGAGGUGGGCUGAGUGGGUCGCGCUGUUCACGGCUGCAGUCGUACUCUUUCUGGCCUUUUGCUUCCAGCCAGAGACUUUUCCUCCGCUUUUGCUGAGUUGGAAGGCAAAACACCUCCGCCGGAUUACCGGUGACCAACGAUACUACGCUGCACAUGAGAUUGAGCGCAUCCCAAUUGCGACGCGGCUCAGGGUCGCCCUACCGAGGCCAUUCAUCAUGGCUUUCACCGAGCCAGUGAUCUUUUUGAUCACUUUGUAUAUGUCAGUCUUGUACAUCAUUCUCUUCACCUUCUUUGACGGAUAUGACUUCAUCUUCCGCGAGACGUACGGCGUGUCUCAGGGAAUUUCAAAUACAAUAUUCCUGGGGAUAGCCAUCGGCGUAUUGUUUGGCGCAGCUUGGCUGCCUUGGAUGUACAAGAUAACUGCACAUGCUCAGAAGGAAGCCGAAGCACAAGGCAAAGGCCAAUUCGAUCCCGAGAUCCGGCUCUGGUUUGCCAUGCUGGGUGGUGCUCCGGCGAUACCGGUCUCGCUAUUGUGGAUGGGUUGGACAGCAUAUCCCAGCGUCUCAAUCUGGUCACCAAUUAUCGCUUCAGUCCUUUUCGGCUAUGGAACAAUCAUGAUCUUCAUCAGCUCCUAUAUGUACAUCAUCGACAGUUACGAGAUGUACGCCGCAAGUGCGCUGACAUUCGCUACGUUAGCUCGAUAUAUCAUUGCAGGAGGGAUGACGGUCGUCGGAAUUCCAUUUUACAAGAACAUGGGUGUGCAUUGGACUUUGACUAUCCUGGCGGCCUUAAGUGCCUUGCUUGCUCCGAUGCCGUACGUCUUCUACAAGUACGGGUACCUAAUUCGGAGAAAGAGUCGGUUUGCCGUUAAUAGAGCAGCGGAGGGUGAGGUCGUCCCUGUCCAGAAUGACUCGUCUAGUUCGUCGUCCAUCUCCAUCCCACUGGAGACGGACAAGGAGCGCGCGGAUGAACCGGCGGCGGCGUAA